AUGGAGACAGAGGCUAAAAUUACACAACUUUCUCUAAAAGAAGCUAGCGACACAGACUCGGCAAAAUGCACAACAUUCUCUGAAGUCAGGGACAGGGAGGCGAGUACUACACAACGUUCUUUGAAGGCAGACACACAAAAAGCGAGUAUAACACUACGUUCUCUGAAGGCAGACACACAAAAAGCGAGUAGUACAAUACGUUCUCUGAAGGCAGACACACAAAAAGCGAGUAGUACACUACGUUCUCUGAAGGCAGACAAACAAAAAGCGAGUAGUACAAUACGUUCUCUGAAGGCAGACACACAAAAAGCGAGUAAUAUACAACGUUCUUUGAAGGCAGACACACACAAAGCGAGUAGUACAAUACGUUCUUUGAAGGCAGACACACAAAAAGCGAGUAGUACAAUACGUUCUUUGAAGGCAGACACACAAAAAGCGAGUAGUACAAUACGUUCUUUGAAGGCAGACACACAAAAAGCGAGUAAUACACUACGUUCUCUGAAGGCAGACACACAAAAAGCGAGUAGUACAAUACGUUCUCUGAAGGCAGACACACAAAAAGCGAGUAAUACACUACGUUCUCUGAAGGCAGACAAACAAAAAGCGAGUAGUACACUACGUUCUCUGAAGGCAGACACACAAAAAGCGAGUAGUACAAUACGUUCUCUGAAGGCAGACACACAAAAAUCGAGUAGUACACUACGUUCUCUGAAGGCAGACAAACAAAAAGCGAGUAGUACAAUACGUUCUUUGAAGGCAGACACACAAAACGCGAGUAAUAUACAACGUUCUUUGAAGGCAGACACACAAAAAGCGAGUAGUACACUACGUUCUCUGAAGGCAGACACACAAAAAGCGAGUAAUAUACAACGUUCUUUGAAGGCAGACACACAAAAAGCGAGUAGUACAAUACGUUCUCUGAAGGCAGACAAACAAAAAGCGAGUAGUACACUACGUUCUCUGAAGGCAGACACACAAAAAGCGAGUAGUACAAUACGUUCUUUGAAGGCAGACACACAAAAAGCGAGUAAUACACUACGUUCUCUGAAGGCAGACACACAAAAAGCGAGUAGUACAAUACGUUCUCUGAAGGCAGACACACACAAAGCGAGUAAUAUACAACGUUCUUUGAAGGCAGACACACAAAAAGCGAGUAAUACACUACGUUCUCUGAAGGCAGACACACAAAAAGCGAGUAGUACAAUACGUUCUCUGAAGGCAGACACACAAAAAGCGAGUAGUACAAUACGUUCUUUGAAGGCAGACACACAAAAAGCGAGUAGUACAAUACGUUCUUUGAAGGCAGACACACAAAAAGCGAGUAGUACAAUACGUUCUCUGAAGGCAGACAAACAAAAAGCGAGUAGUACAAUACGUUCUCUGAAGGCAGACAAACAAAAAGCGAGUAGUACACUACGUUCUCUGAAGGCAGACACACAAAAAGCGAGUAAUAUACAACGUUCUUUGAAGGCAGGGAUAUAA